AUGAAUUAAUUUGAAUAAUGUGAAAGAAAAAAGUAAUGUUCAUUGGAUUAAAUGUUCAAGAAAUAUGAGGAAGCUACUUAAAGAUAUUAGAAAGGAUUAGAGGAGAAAAAGUAGAGAGCAAAGUUAGAAUCUGAUAAAGCGAGGGAGGCAUAAUUUAUUUAAAAGCUUGAGGCAUAGAAUAAAAAAAUAGAGUUUGAUGAAAAAAUAAUAGAAUCUUAAGAAAGAAAGAAGGAUUUAGAAAAACAUAUGUUAGAGAAGCAAUAGUAAAAGAAAUAAAAGGAUGAGGAAGUAAGGAGAAAGAAGAAGGAAAAUGAGGAUGAAAAACUUUAAAAAUUAUUGAAGAAAUAAGAAAAAAAAGAUUUUUAAGUGAAGAAGGUGAAAAAAGAUGUUUAAAAGAUUAAAAGGAAAGAUGAAUUAAAAAUUUUAUUAGAUCAAUCUGUUUCUGAUGAUGCAUCAAUGGAAUUAGAAGUAGAAAAAAAAAGAUAAUGCAAAUCAUUAUCAGAUUCAUUAUAGGCAUUGGAGAGUGAUCAAAUCAUAUAUUUUAAAUUACAGAAAUAAAAAGAGGUUGAAAUCAAGGAAAAUAAGAAGAAGCAGAAAUAAUAAAAAAUUAUGCCAUCAAAAACAUUUAGAGAAUAAUCUGUACCCACCAUUAAGAAAUCUAUAAUAUUUCCAAUUUUAAUUCGUACCAAAUAAGAAGAUAAUUCAUUAGUUUUACAAUCAAUUCUAUAACAAUAAUAACCACAAUCACCUACUUUCAAAAAUGAAGAAAAUUCAAGCACAAAUGUUACUCCAAAAAAAGAGAAGGAAGAAGAACCUCAAUUUUUCAAACUUUGUUAGAUUUGCAAUAGUAUUAUAGAAAAUGAAGAUGACAAUAAACACAUUUAAUCUAAAUCUCAUAAAUAAACAAAACAGUAUUAUAACUUAUAAGCUACUUAAAAUGACAUCUUGGUUGUAAAAGGAUCUAAGGAUGAGAUCUCAUAGAAUAGAUUCUAGUCAAUCAGAAAACGAUGUCAAAAAAUUAAACAAAAAAUACAAUAAAAGAGUCUAUAAUUAGAAAAUAUGAAUAUUUAUUGUUAUAAAGAACCAGGAAAUAGUUAUAACAGGUAGAGGAUCUAGAAAUUAUCAAAUGAUCUUGAUAAAUUGUUGAACAAUUAAAUUAAGGAUUUGUAUUAAAUUGAAUAGCAAAUGAAGGAAUUACUAAAAUUGGUGAACCAGGAAACAGAUUUAAUUAACCUAAGAUAAAUGAAGUUCAUAUAAAUUGUUAUCGAAGUUUUUAAAAAGAUCUCUUCCUGUCACAAGAACGAAUACACCUAAUAUCUUAAAAUCAUUGGAGUGGCAACUGAAAUUGUUUACCAGUUUUGUAGUGUUUAUAAUAAUAGAACCUAUAUGUUGGCAAGCAAUAAAUUAUUGCCUAUUAUUGAUUUUAUGUACAACUUUUUAGCUUCAAAGCCAACCAAAUUUAUAUACAGUUAUCAAUUCGUUGCUUAAUGUUUUUAAAUAUUUAGUUUACUUAUCAAACAUAAAUUACCUACUGAUCCUCUUUCAGAUUUGAAUAUUCAGGGAAUUUAAGAAGAUACCUUGGAAUAUAUGUAUUGUUGUGGAUUAUUCAAUAAGAUGAAAUUAAGAUUUCUAUCAUUUGAAAAAGAUUACAUCAAUUCUGAAGGUAAAAUCCCUGUUGCUCUUGUUAAGAGUGUUGCAUUUAUAGAGGCUGCCACUAAUUACCAUGGAUUUGAGACACAAAAUAAAUCAUUAUUUGAUGAAGAGGGAAAACGAAUAUCUAAAAGUUUUGAAGAGCAUCUCAAGUUUGUGCUUAAAGAAACAGAACUAUUUGGUUUAAUCUAAUUAAUUAGUUAAAUGGUUGUUGGUGAGGAAGUUUGUUUUACUACAAACAAGUUGCUUCCCUAAACAAUUAUAAGUUUUUUCAUGGUAGGAAUUAAAACUUUGAACAAUAUUGCUAGAUUAAAUAUUAUAGUUUUGUAGGAAACUAUGAAUAAGCAAUCUAAUAAAUAAGAAGUUCAUAUGAUAAUAUAAAGACUUGUAACAUAUUGUAAAUGCAACCUCGAGUAAAGUUAAGAUUUAAAAGAUUUGCUCAAUGAAUUAAUUCUUUUAAUAGGAUAUUAUUGUGUUCUAAACCCAAAUAAUCAAAAUUCACUUGUAGGAUCAAUGAAAAAGAUUUCCGUAUUACAUAAUUUAUUGCAAAUGCCUUCUCAAUUUUACGUUGAUAAAAUGUUAAAGAACAUUUUGUUCCCUACUCUAUUAUGUUGUAUGUUUAGAAAUCCUAAUAAUAUGAAAAUUGUAUUAGAUGAAAUGGAUAAAUCCUAUUUCUUAGAAAUUUUGCAAUACGAUUCCGAACAAUUCUACGAAAACCACAAUGGCUAAUAGUUAUAAAGAUCACCUUCUAUGUCGAGUACAAAUUCUCAGAAUUCUGUGUUUCCAUACAGUUCUGCUGUAUACUUUAAACUUAGUUAACGAUUUCCGAUGUGUUAUUUUAAGGAGGCUUAUACAGAAUUACUAGAUUAUAAGGAUUGA